AUGGAAUCACCUACACCGUUCGAAUCCUUCUCUUUUCGGGGCAACCGUAUCAUUGCCUACCUACAGACGCUAGCAAGGGCCAAGAAAGGUUUACCGCAUGGUGUACCUGUCUGCGUCUCUCCUUCACAUACCAUCACCAACACCGAGUCUCUGCUGACUCUGGCUUCCUUGGUCGGCCCUCAUGUUGCGAUCUUCCAAGUUCAUGCAGACAUCAUCGACGACUGGUCCGACGAGACGGUCCGCCAAUUGACCUUGCUAGCGAAGAGACACGCCUUCUUGAUCUGGGAAAGCGGCCGAAUCCUCAAUGCUACCGUUGACGUUGUUGGGAAAACAACAACCGAGACAAGAGAAGUGAGAAAUGAGUUGGUGGAUUUGAUAAGGAAAAAAUACACCAAAGGUGUGGUCAAAGCAGCCUCGUGGGCUGGCAUUGCGACGGCCUGGGCCUCUGGUGUCACUGUCGGGAACCAAGAAGCUGAUAUCUUGAUCCCAACAUUGAAAGCUGCUGCUCGAGAAGCGGUCGCUGACAGUGUGCAAACCAUCCGGACAGAGAUCACGGCUGUCAAUGCUCCGACUGAGUCCUUGGUGAAUGGUCAUGAUGAUUCUGAAUUAAAGGAAGACACCAGUGCUGACCAGCAAUAUCUGACGCUUGACUACGCUGUGGAUGAGAGUGGCCUUGGUCUCACUCUUCGGAAAUCCUCGACCAUCUCUCUCACUCAAACUAUUACUCAACAUACGGAAGAUUCUACGGAAUCGCUUCUGGACUCGACACCUCACCUCAUAACGCAGGAUGGCAUUCCGGAAACAAAUCUCCAAAAUCUGUCCAACGGUGAUGAUCUGCCGCCUCCGCCUCUCCUUGCACGUGGUCUUGUGCUCUGUCUCCCGUCAAUGACCGACACCUCAUUCACGCCUGAAUACAGACGGAGCUGUCUAGCUGCUGCUCGCGCCAACCAAGAUUUCGUUCUGGGAUUCCUGUGCAGUGAGCCGUGGCACCUCAUGCCCCAGAGGAAUGAUAUCUUCGACAUCAACUCUCUCCAAGCGAGCGGAUAUGAGAUAGGCACUUCAGGUGAAACGCCAGCUCAUCUUGCUAUUUUCUCCAUGAUCUCUCACAAGAACGGCGUACUCAAUGGCCGAGAAGAGAACGAUGAUGAGAGUGACGAGGAAAUGAGUCCCACAACUCCCUUGGCUCCGGAGUUACCGUCGAGGAUCAUGAGCCCAAUUGCGACAAAGCUGCAUGCUAUUGUCGGGCAGGCGGUCAAAUUACGUGAUGCAACGGUCAAGCAUGCAGUAGAUGGCCUUGCGAGCUCGGGGUCAUUGAACGCACCCAGGCUCCUGCAUAUUCCCGUGGUAUCGUUACCUUGA